CACGCGGUGCUUUCAGGAACAAGUGAAUUAACGUGACCUCACUCUUGGAUACAUGAGCUUAUCUGUCUGUGAAGUGCUCUACUUGUCAUACUCAUGUCAAAUAUGUUGAAGGAAUAAUAAUCGAGGACCACCCCCACCGCGCAAAAUGUCGAACGACGAUUAUUACUGGCUUCAAAGCUACUUGCAAUCAGAUCCCAUCCAGAAUGCCUUGAGAUAUGGAGAUUCGGCGAUGCCAUCCGUUCAGGGAUACCCCGCGUCCCAAUACCAACCUCCACGGGCUCCAGUACCAUCUCAGCAAUAUGAGUCUCCAUAUUCUCAAUCUCAAUUCCAACCUGCGCCUCCUGCUCAAUCGUCACUUGAAUCUUACCCCCAACCUCAUUCUCAGCCAUAUUCUCAGCCUUCAGCUCAAACCCCAUUUCAAUCUCCUCUUCCUCAUUCUCACCCCUACUCUCAACCCCGAGAUCCGCCCCCAGUUCAACCUGAGAGUUAUGUCAGACCGAGCAACAUUAUGAUGCGCCAAAUCUCCAGCAGUUCAACUGCUCCUCCAGCGCAUCCAACGCCAAGUUCCUCCGCGAUGCCUCCUAGACCAGCACAAACAGCAGCAGGCAAUUCCCAGAAUCCUAUUCUCCUGGAUUCCAACACCCCAGAACCUGCACUUCCGAGCAAGACCCCGGGUCAUGAUGGCCACGAUGCAAAGCGGCGUCGCAUAACCGAACCAAGCACCUCAGCACCCGUUUCUGUUCCCCCGGGCCUCUACAUACCGCCUAAUUAUAAGGCAACAACUCCGGGUGGUAUGCCAAGCUACCAGAAGUUUUCGACGUACAACUACACGCCCCGAGAUCCUGGGAAUAAGGCGGGAAUAAAAUAUCGCGGGGACAUUGUCAAGCCUUUGAACCCGGCCGAAGCUGCUAAGAAAUUGACGUACGAUCCGUCUACCAUUGCCAGAGACGUGUUGAUCGCGGCUGGACGUCACCCGACCGAGAAAGCGCUCAACCAUCAUCUCCUCCGCCUUCGCGAUAUUUUCCCUCGGCUGGACAUUUCAUCGGAUCUGGAGACCUUCCGUUGGGACCUGGUCGACGAGGCCGCCGAACGCGCCACGAGUGCACGUGACCCGGUCCAGACGAGCGCGCCCCCCGCGAAGCCCAGCGUGAUCCCGCCCGCCGCUCGGCAGCCGGUGGUGCCUGUCAACAAACCCACCGCCCAGCCUCUGCCGCCUCCGAAACCAGCUGCGGUGCCUGCGUCUUCCGGCCAAAGCGACGCCCAGCAACGGGAAAAAAUCCGCCAGCUUUCCGCUCAGAUUCAAGUUAUACCUUCGCCGCCCCCACCCCCACCCCAACAACGCCGUACACCGCAGAAGACCCCACAGCCUCCUCCGCCCAAACCGCAGGCCACGCCUCAGGUCACGCCUCAGGCGCAACCAAAGGCUCCGUCGCAAUCGCCGGCAAAAUCAGUGACCCCAACCGUGCAAAUACCGUCGGUGAAAAUGCCAGGCAAGAGGCCCCCGGGAAGACCCCCUGGCAGCACCAACAAGGUCCAGAAGGUCCAAAAGCUCCAGGUGGCCGUCCCUCCCCCCAAAGUCAAUUACCAGGUGUAUGCGUGCGGUUGGGAGCACUGCAAGUCUCAGCUGCACAACCUGGACAUGCUGAAAAAGCACGUCUACAAGAGUCAUGUCACCUACAGCAUCACUUGCUCGUGGGAUGGCUGCACAUCGAAGCAGCCCCAGCCGGCUGCAGAACUCUACAAGCAUAUCAAGAAAAGCCACAUUGACCCCAUUGCUUGGGAAUUAGGCGAUGGACCGUCAGUACCAGGAACGGGAGAUACUAGUCCCACCGCUAGUCCCGGUCCUUUUGGCAUCCCAGCGCCUAACCAACCUCAAGGCGAAGAUUCCCUUAUAUUCCCAGCCAGCUACCCCUCGAUCCGCGCGUUCAAUCGAGUCCAUGGAAAUACGUCGCAGUAUGACAAGGCGCGGGAGAUUAUGAAGGCCGUGCAGAGACUCAAGGACCAGAUUGGCGUUGGCAUGGACCCUGGUGGAUGUCAGCUGGCGACACCCGCCCGCAAUGAAAGAGUGAGCGCGGAAGAAGAAUACUACGAAGUGAUACCUGGUGGAUGAGGCAUGUGUGUGAACAUCUGCAUUUGUGAGCUGUGGGCCAUUGCGUUCUAUCAGCCUCGUCUCUCGCAUUAGAUCGGAGUGCUCCAAGGAAUUGGCGUUCGGGCAUCGACAUCAAGCGAACAUUUGUUGUGCAUUUUCUUUCC